UCUCUUAGCAAAUGCAUGCAUGCUUAUCAUGUGUUCUGAUUUGACUCAUAAUUCCAUUACAGCCAGUUUGGCUACUAUAUUCAUUGGAACCAUACAUAUCGUCUUGCAGUAAUUUUUUUACUUUAACUACUGUAGUUUAAACAAGUAUAUUAAUCCACUGGCACGGAUUGCAUCAAAGAAGAUGGAUGGAGUGGGACAAGUCACACAUGCAGUGUGACUGUCAGAUUGGCCCUUCUUUCAGCUACUUCUACACUUACAUAAUAGUCAACUCAUCCGGCUACUAUUCACACAGUGAAGCACAGCGAACAGACGGUUUCUUUGGAGCUCUCAUUAUUAAAGAACGACCGGAAUUAGUUGAGACCCAACUCGAUAUUCAUGGUAUUAGAACAUUUAUCGAUAAAUCCUGCCGAGCGUUCAUCUUAAAUGGAAUCAGGAGGCCUCUCUUGAUACAUUAUCAAAAGCUCAUGCUGGUCUACAAGAAGUACCUGUGUAUGGAUGUGGCAGGAGUUGAACCACUUCCCUUUUACUCGGGCCUCAUCAACAGGAAAGGAAGACACAAUAGUGUACCGUACAGUAAGACAAGGCUCAGCUGCAUGGACAUCGACUAACUAUGGUGGCUACUAUACUGGAUUGAACCAUGUGAAAAAUGUUAACUACGUUAUCAUUAAUACUGGUGAACGCUAUUAUUUUAUCCUCUAAGUUAAUCAGGUUGCUAUAAUUAUAAGAACUAUACUGGUGAGAGCAGAAACAUUGGCCGAAAGGUGGUCCAC